AUGGCUACCCCAGAUGUCAGCGUACAUGUAGAAGAGGUGGUGGUGGUGACCACACCGGAUAAUAUAAUGGAUGGUAGCAUGGAGGAGGUGAAAGCGGUGCUUGUGACCACCAACAGGAGCCUAGCUGAAGAAGCCUUGGAGUCAGAAAACAUGGCAGCAGCAGCUGCAGCCGCCUUUAGUGCCUCAACAGAACUGAAAGAAGCCGUUUUAGUGAAGAUGGGUGACGAGGAAGAGGAAACUCUCGAAGCAGAGAUUGCGUACCCCAUCACCUGCGGAGAGAGCAAGGCAAACCUGAUCUGGAGGAAGUUUGUGUGCCCGGGGGAUCAACGUCAAGUGUGUGCAGUAUAACGACCAUCUGAUCAGUCCAAAAGAAUUUGUGCAUUUGGCUGGAAAAUCUACCUUAAAGGACUGGAAGAGAGCCAUCAGGAUGAAUGGAGUCAUGCUCAGGAAAAUAAUGGAUUCGGGGGAGCUGGAUUUCUACCAACACUCCAAGGUCUGUUCCAAUACCUGCCGGAGCACCAAGAUCGACGUGACAGGGAGCCGCGUGUCUCUCUGCAGCCAGGUGUCCACGGAGUAUAUUCCCCUCACCACUACAGCCAGUGACAAUUUUACUGUUAAUGGGAGUCCAGCAACUAUUACUAUAGAGACGUGUGAAGGAUCCGGAGACUGGAGCAAUCUGGUUGGAGAUGACACCCUGAUCUUUUGGCAGGGGCUGCGUGAUGCUGGGCUGCUGGGUGAUGUUAUUCAAGAGUUUCAUCGGGAGCUGCUUGAAACGAUGAAAGGCCUGAGACAGCGGUUGCAGAUUCCCCCCAUCCAGCUAGAGGACGCUGUGCUUCUCAACAACAUUGUCCAGAAUUUCGGCUUGCUGGAUUUGAUUAAGAAAGUGCUAGCUAGUCACAAAAGCCAGAUGGACCGCUCUAGAGAGCAGUACACCAGAGAUUUAGCAGCACUGGAGCAGCAGUGUGAUGAACACAGGAGACGAGCCAAGGAGCUGAAGCACAAAUCUCAACAUCUGAACAACGUACUGAUGACAUUGACCCCUGUCAGCAUGCCCCCUCCGGCCAAGCGGCCACGUUUAAACCCGUGCAACUUCUGGCCCUGCUGCUAUAAGCUCACAGGUGUCUUCUCAGCCAACGCAGAUCACCCUUCCCCAAGGAAUGUCCAUCUCUCAAUUGACCAGCAUCCCAUUUGGUAAAGUACUCUCUGCUAGUAUCCCCUCCUCCACCUCUUCAGUCCUAAACAGGAACUCAACUUCCCAAGCCAGCUCGCCUUCCUCCCCAGUUUUGGGGGGCUACACUAUCCUUACCCCUUCAGGAAGCAACUUCCCAGGCACUCUGGAAAUUCACCCCGACUCAUCCAACCUCACUGUUCUAAGUACGGCGGCUAUGCAAGAUAGCAACACUGUUCUCAAAGUGAUGAGCCCCAUCCAGCUGCUCACUUUGCCAGGGCUGGGGACCAUACAGAACUUUGCACAGCUAGCGUCAGCCGGGGGUACCCUUGUAGCCAUGCCCUGUGACUCAGCGGAUGGAGAGGAGGAGCAUACCACCAUAGAGGUAACAUCUCUGACUGAGGACCAGAUGCAGAAGUAG